CAUUCGUUAAUCACCACUCAUCAGUCAUCAAAGCAGGAGAACAACGCAUUGUGUAGUUGCUCGGGGUUUUGAUGAGGAAGUGUUGGUUUUUCACAAAGUGGUGCCCUAACGACAGUUGAAUUUUCGGUGGAACCGUAAUUUGUGCAGCACAUUAGAAGCGACUGUCCAGGAUGGCCGAGAAAUCAGGAAACCAAAGGACGAGAAGUGUUUUAAAAAAUAACAAAGUGACAACAACCCAGAACAUAGAUAAAACUGUCCGUUCGCGAACCAAUCCUUUAGAUGAACUGCGUGUAAAUUCUGUUAAAAAUGAUCCCGAACUGCGAGCUGCUUUCGAAAACUGCGCCACAUUCCACUUUGAAGAAGAUGACGAUAUGGAGUACGAACGUGACUCCAGUAAAUGGCCUGUUAAAGCCGUUGAAUUGAUGAUCCACCACCGUCUUCGUCUGGACUCAGCAUUCCACAGUCCAAAGUAUACAAAGAACAAACUCUGGGACACAAUCUCUGAUCAUCUAAAGGAAGCCAAGUUCAACUUUGACGGGAAGGAAUGCCAUCUGAAGUUCAGAAAUAUGCUCGCAACAUAUAAAAAGAACGUGGAAAAGGUCAACACAUAUGGGGAGGAAUGCAUUAAAUGGAAAUGGUUCCAUGCGUUCCACAGUGUCCUGCAAUUCAAACCCCAGAAUGCUGGUGAUAACCAACAGAAUUUAAGUGUGGAAGACAAUGCCAAAGACGAGGAGGACAAGGUUCUAGAGGAGGAGACACAACUUGGAAAUGAUAUACCAAAACAAGCAACAACUAGUAGAGCUGUAAGUGAACCACCAGAGACUCCUGAAAGUGAGUACCGAAAAUGGAGUCGAUCGGCAGUAAAUCUCCUCCUUGUACUUCGCCAUCAGUUUGCCGACAUAUUCAAUGAUCCCAGUGCGCAUAAAGUCAAGUGUUGGCGCAAAAUUUCCAAAAUCCUUCAAGAAAGUGGCUACGACGUAAAUGAGCGCGACUGCAUCGUGAAGUGGCACAACUUGAUCAACACAUACCGCUCAAAUCUGAGGAAAUCCCAGAGCGAACAUGUCAGGUGGGAGUGGUUUGACCUGAUGGGAAAAAUAUUGAAUCAGCAGGCGAGCUCUGAAAGAUCAACAUUCACAACGGUCCAUAGCCUUCCUGAUGUCACGACAAAAGCAAGAAAUUCAGGCCAAAGUCAAAACGAAAACCAAGUCGAUCCCCGGAAUGGUCAUCAUUCGACCACAACAGUCAUUCCAAGCGAGGAUGAUGCUGACACUAUUUCAAUAUUGAGCGAUGACACUCGACUUCUCAUGGAUAAUGGAUCAUUGGAUGAUUUCAUGAUUAAUAGUUUAGAGAUAAAUGACCGACCGAUAAAAAGGACUAAGAGAUAUCAGCGAUCCUACUGGAAGGAGAAACUGAAGCUGCAAAAAGCUGCCGAACAUAGGCGCAAGCGGGAAUGGGCCGAACGGAAGCAAAUUGAAUUGCAGAAAAUUAGCUUAAAGAAACAGAAAUUAAAGAUCUACCACAGACUGACUAAGACCCUGGAGAAGCUGGCGUCCAACGGAUUGAUCCGCGACUUUAUGGCGAAUGAAAGGCGAUCAUAACCCUUAGUUCUAAUGAAUACAAAUUAGAUUUGUAGCAAUAAUGGUUGAAUUCGUACAUAAUUUGUCGAUGUUUGUUAUUUUUGAUGGUUUUGAAAUAAAUUGAUGUCUUGUACAAG